CAGACCCGCCGCCCGGCAGCAGCAGCAGCAGCAGCAGCAGCGUCGCCAUGUGCGGCAUCUUUGCUUACCUGAAUUACCACGUUCCCCGGACCAGACGGGAUAUCUUGGAGACCCUAAUUAAGGGGCUUCAGAGACUGGAGUAUAGAGGAUAUGACUCUGCAGGGGUUGGGAUCGAUGGUGGGAACGAUAAAGACUGGGAGGCCAACGCUGGCAAGAUCACGCUCAUUAAGAAGAAAGGGAAAGUGAAGGCUUUGGACGAAGAAGUAAACAAGCAGCAGGACAUUGAUCUGGACAUUGAGUUUGAUGUGCAUCUUGGAAUCGCUCACACCCGGUGGGCCACCCAUGGCGAGCCUAAUCCGGUCAACAGCCACCCGCAGCGAUCAGACAGGAACAAUGAAUUUAUUGUUAUCCACAAUGGAAUAAUCACAAAUUACAAAGAUUUGAAAAAGUUCUUGGAGAGCAAAGGCUACGAAUUCGAAUCUGAAACUGAUACAGAAACCAUCGCAAAGCUUGUCAAGUACAUGUAUGACAACUGUGAGAGUGACGAUAUCAGCUUCACCACCUUGGUGGAAAGGGUCAUCCAACAGCUGGAGGGUGCCUUCGCUCUCGUAUUCAAAAGUGUUCAUUAUCGUGGCCAGGCGGUUGGUACAAGAAGGGGAAGCCCUCUGCUCAUCGGGGUUCGAAGCGAGCACAAGCUUUCCACCGACCACAUUCCCAUCUUGUACCGGACAGCCACACAGUCUGUAGAUCUCUCAUUUGAUGGCGUGCCCCAAAAACUGGAAGAAGGCAAAGACAAGAAGGGGACCUGUAGCCUCUCCCGCAUGGACAGCACCACCUGCCUCUUUCCCGUGGAGGAGAAAGCCGUGGAGUACUACUUCGCGUCAGACGCCAGCGCUGUGAUUGAACACACCAACCGGGUGAUUUUUCUAGAGGACGAUGACGUGGCAGCCGUGGUGGAGGGCCGCCUCUCCAUACAUCGGAUCAAGCGAACUGCUGGAGAUCACCCUGGCCGGGCUGUUCAGACCCUGCAGAUGGAGCUGCAGCAGAUCAUGAAAGGUAACUUCAGCUCCUUCAUGCAAAAGGAAAUAUUUGAGCAGCCGGAAUCGGUUGUGAACACCAUGAGGGGAAGAGUCAACUUUGAUGAUUGCACAGUGAAUCUGGGGGGCUUGAAAGAUCACAUCAAGGAGAUCCAGCGCUGCCGGCGCCUGAUCCUCAUUGCUUGUGGAACAAGUUAUCAUGCAGGCGUUGCUACUCGACAAGUGCUGGAGGAACUGACUGAACUGCCUGUCAUGGUGGAGCUGGCCAGUGACUUCUUGGACAGGAAUACUCCGGUCUUCCGAGAUGACGUCUGCUUUUUCAUCAGCCAGUCAGGGGAAACAGCCGACACGCUGAUGGCCCUUCGGUACUGCAAGGAGCGGGGAGCCCUCACCGUGGGCAUCACCAACACCGUUGGGAGCUCCAUUUCACGGGAGACAGACUGUGGGGUGCAUAUCAACGCAGGGCCGGAGAUUGGGGUGGCCAGUACAAAGGCCUAUACAAGCCAGUUCGUCUCCCUCGUGAUGUUUGCGCUCAUGAUGUGCGACGACAGAAUCUCCAUGCAAGAGCGGAGGAAAGAAAUCAUGCAGGGCCUCAAGUUGUUGCCGGACUUGAUUAAAGAAGUGCUGAGCAUGGACGACGAGAUCCAGAAGUUGGCCACGGAGCUCUACCACCAGAAGUCCGUCCUCAUUAUGGGGCGGGGCUAUCACUAUGCAACGUGCCUCGAAGGCGCCCUGAAAAUCAAAGAGAUCACCUACAUGCACUCCGAAGGCAUCCUGGCUGGGGAACUGAAGCACGGUCCCCUCGCCCUGGUGGAUAAGCUCAUGCCCGUGAUCAUGAUCAUCAUGAGGGAUAACACCUACGCCAAGUGCCAGAACGCGCUACAGCAAGUGAUUGCGCGGCAGGGGCGGCCUGUUGUGAUUUGUGAUAAGGAAGAUAUUGAGACCAUCAAAAAUAACAAGCGAACCAUCAAGGUCCCCCAUUCUGUGGACUGUCUGCAGGGGAUCCUGAGUGUGAUUCCUUUACAGCUGCUGGCUUUCCAUCUUGCGGUUCUCAGAGGCUACGAUGUUGACUUUCCAAGAAACUUGGCCAAAUCUGUCACCGUGGAAUGAGAUGCUCGGCCAAGGUUGGCAAGAGAUUCCCUCCCCUCCACUUUUGGUACCGAAAAAUGCUGAUUUUAAACGUUCUCCUUUGAUCAAUUCUUACUUCCAAUGUAGAAAAAUCUUUAUAAUUGUUGCAUUUGUGAUAGGAGUUGAAUCCAUGAGCUCUCUUGGUAGCAUUGUUCAGUGGCAGCGAUGUCAAGAGUACUGUUUUUUCCUUUAAAAAAAAAUUGUUAUUGUAAUCCUCGUCAGUUAUAUAGUUAAAUUGCAUCAUUUCCUAGUUAUCUGUAGGACAUUCAGAGUGGUGAGCUCUUGCAGGGAUGGAAAUGAAGUCGCUAGUGACAUGAUAAAGGCCUGAGAGACUGGCCACCUUCUUUUCCCUAAGUGCUCCUUUGCCACCGUCGGGAGAAUCCAGGUGGGGUUUAUUGGCUUCAGAGCUUCUGCUGGCCAAUGCCCUCUGGCAUUCCCUUCAGCAGUCCACAUUUGUGCAGUUUGCCAGAAAGAUCCCCAAGGCAUUGAUUCUGUGAGCUUUAUGCUUUCCAGCCAACUCCAUGCUGUGUAACCUUGAUUGCACAGGCCUGCAUUUUGGAGUUUGGUGCCACGCCUUUAGGCCUUGCAAAAAGGUGUGAAAAUAACCCCAGUUCCUAAACAGAACAAGAGGUCUGCAUAGCUGGUCCUUCUGAGAUGAAGGCCCUGUCCCAGUAUUUAAUGGGAACCAAGUCAAAUGACUGUAGGGCGGCUUAACCUUGGCAUUUUUAUCUGAGGAGCGGAGAAUUCACUGUUCUCCAGACAGGGUAGACUUCCAUUUUUCAAGGAACGUCUUUUUCAAUGCAUUAAAGACAAGCGCCAACAUUUGAAGAUGCAGUGAGGAAAAAGGUGUCUUGAAUUUGUGUGGCUGAGCAAGAACAGGCACCUUGGCCGUGCAGCUCUUUCAUCCUCCUCCUGCUUCCCCUGAGCUGUGAAUGUGUGUGGCAAAAAUGGAGUCAGAACAGAUGUCCUCCAGUGAAUCUGGGUAACCAGCAAUGGAGGCCUGGAGGUUUUCCCAUCAUCUGUGAUGUAAGCAAGAUUCACAUUAACCAUGGGGUAGGGAUGAACAAGGGAGCUGUUUUUCCAUCUGAACAUGCUUUAGGUGAGAGACCUUCUGGUCUGCUCUGUGUAGCAUUCUCAUUCCUGAUAAAAAGAGGGAAAAUGUCUGCAAAUUUUGAGUUGGACGUUUAUUGGGGAAGGGCCUCAGUGAAAUAUGGAUACACUUUUAUACUUCAAGGUCCCAUCCCUCUCCGAUCAUCUGAAAUGGACAGAAUUUCUUUCAGUCCAAAUAGAUUUGCUUUGAACAAUCUUUUAAACUAGACCAGCCCUCCGUUUUUCUGGGUAUUAUGCUGAUACUUCUAUGGUCAGUAAGAGAGCUAAAACGAUUCUAAAAUAACUAUAGUGGGAAUAAUGCAGAAGGGAAGACAUACAAUAUGAGGAGAGGACCAAAGAUAGGCCUCUUGGCCAAAUAGAUGCAUCAGGAAGGAUCAUACAGCUCUGAAAUCUGCAGAGGAUGCAAACAUAAUAAAAAUCUAGGUUGACCAAAUCAUGCCACUCUUCAACUUCUCAUUAGUUAGUGGGACAGAGAUGGCAUUAAAAAGGCUUUCGUUUGUGUACUUCUAGAGUGGAGAAAAGGCAAGUUGCACAGAGACUCAACAGAAAUUUUAAAAAUGUCAGAAUGCAGAGGUAAGCUGACUCUCAGCUUGUUCUCAGCACCCUUUUAUUGGAUGAGAAAUAAAUAUCCUGAUGGGGUGAUACCGGGAGAUGGUGACCUUCCUCCUGCCUCCCUCACUGUGCAGUAGAGGGGAAAGAUGACCGCCAGCAUCCAUUAGUUGGAAGCUGUCUAAUUUAAGGACCGCCUGUUUACAGCGUGCCUGGUCAGCUCACCAUAAAAUGAUGCUUUCCGUUUAUGAAAGAAGUUGUAGUUUGUAGUUACUGGUGAACACUGGAUAGUUCGGAAAUUUAUUAUAGAGAGAGGUUA